ACGAACAAGUUGCUUUGUUUUUUUUUUAUUAUCACCCAAACUUUUCAGUUUUGUAUUCGCUCAUCCUCCGUCGGGGAUUAAUGUGCUGUUUUCGAUUAAGUGAUAGCUGAGUGUUCAGUGUUGGAUUUAAAGUGCAUUUAAAUAAAUAAACUGAUGUAUUAUUAUUAUUAUAACUCUAGAACUAGCUGUGAAAAUAAGAAAUUAUUGUGAUUUGGUACCUUUUGGACCCUUAAAGUUAUAAAAUGCGAUGGUGCCACAAAAAAUACAGAAGAAUCAGAAACGAAACCAUUUAGCGGCAAUAAUGGAAUUGGGGGCCUUCGUGACCUGUCUGGUCACUUCGUCCUUGUACAGGAUGGCACUCGCUCAACCGAUCGAGUGUGAUAGCGACGAUCAAUGUGAGAAAGGAUUCUACUGCGUCACCGAGGCCUUCGCUUGCAGAAAAUGUCUCAGUUGUGAUCAACUGAAACGAGAACCACCGCUCGGCUCACCACCUUGUAUCAAGUCUGUAGCACAGUGUGGAUCAUGCUUUAAAGGGUUAGUGGCGGAUUUGAGGGGGGACGUGAACUCGGCUUGUGUGUUGCCGGACUCCCGCGGGCACGAUGCGCUGCCGGCCUAUGUGUGGGUGGCAGUCAGCUUUGGAUUACUCUUGUUCGUUAUCCUGGCUGUUCUUCUCGUGAUCUAUGUCUUCCGGAAUAUGUACACGUUCAGAAUAUUGGCCUCGACCCGCACGUCCGUGCAGUCCCCAUACAACGGGAACGGCGCGCACGCGAGCGCGCCCGAGCCGCCGCCGCCGUACAACGCGCAGUACACGCCCGUGCGCCCUUCCUCGCCGCCCGCUGAAUCCGCUAAUGAUGAGUUAUGGGGCUUCGCGAAGCGGGCGCCGGCCAGCGGGCGGCGCGGCGAGCGCGAGUCGGCCGGCAGCCAGGCGGCGCGCGUGUUCAACAACCCCAGCUACGUGCGCGGACCGCACCUCACCAACUUGCCGCUUAGCUACGACGCGGGCGGAGCGGGCGAGAGCGAGGAGGAGCGCGGCGGCGCGCACGACGAGGACACCAUGGAGAGCACGUGGACGCCCGAGCCCGAUGCGCAUGCGCACACGUGAGUACAUUUAUAUCAUAUUUUACGUACAUAUACAUGUAUGAGGGACACAUUCAUUUUCGUUUUAGCUUAUUCUGUGUUAUGCGAGCUGUUGUCAAUAAUCAUAUAUAUGCAGUUUUUAAAUGUAUCGGUCUAUACAAAAAAAUAUAGCCUAUAUUAUUUAUGU